AUGUAUGAACCGGUCGAAAUAGAGAAGUCAGAAUUCGAGGUUUUGCACUGCGUACUUCCAUCGACCGAUAUCCCGGAGCACAAGCAGAAAGAUGGGCCCCCGAGUCUCGAGUACGACCUCGCUUCCAAAGUAUGGAGGAUCAUCAUAUUCUGGACUCUCGUCAUCCUCGACUCGUUCGCAAUACCCAUCAUUCUGUAUUUCGUCCUCAACUAUUCUACUUCGUUGAGUAAGAAGCAAGUUGACUGGGAUCUAGUUUACUAUAUUAUUUCAUUGACUCUAUUCGGGACGUUGACGGUCGAAUACGCCCAGCGAGCGUGGAGGCUAUGGACCAAAAAUUCCACAGUUCGAGUCGCGAACACGUCAAAAUGGGAUUUUGACUGGCUCCACUGGACCCUGACUCUGGUCCUCGUGGUCGUGGUCGCUGAAGUAGCGGUAGCCACAAGCUUAGACGAGCCUCUGGUGCGGCUACUCGCGAUGCCUCUCCCAUCAGUAUUCUUCACCUUCGGCAUCGAAAUGCUCAUGGUGGAGCUGAUGCGCUCCUUCGACAUCCGCGCCCCGUUCCGCGUCUCCUCGGUUCCGAAAGGAGGGACCCUGCGUCCAGCCCUCUACACACUCAUCGAGGACGUCGUCGCCGUAGAUGGCAAUGGGGGAACCGGCUACCGCGACAGGUUGAACGCCAGAUACGAGUGCAGCGCGGAUUUCCGCCGCUUGAUGAACAAGCUGACCUACUUCUGGAUGGUCCCUGCUCUGCUCCUCAAUGUUGCGAUCAGCCACUUGAUCUUCUGGAGGGGAAUCAAUGAAGAUACCGCAUAUGUGGUCGGCUGGAGCCUGCCUUUUGCGUGGGCGAGUGUCUGGACCAUCACGACGAUCUGCUGGGUUCGGAUGGCACUGGACGAGGAGAAGAAGAACUGGGGAGAAGGAUCGCAACUGAUGCGGAGUGAUGAGAGGGCAAAGAGGGCAAAAUAG